AUGAAGAUCCUUACUGGAAGUCUUCAUUUCCACUUCAUUUCUUUCUUAUUCAGCAGAGCAAAUGGAUUCCUAACUCUGAGAACACCUACCACCGAUGCCUCCCCAUUUUAUAACUACUCUUAUUUAAACCUCUCUUCUAUAUCAGAAGCACAAGCUCCGAAGAUGGCAAGAGCUCUCAAUUUCUCACAUAACAUAAUGGAAAAAAUAACCAAGCAAGACUUGGAAGGUUUUGAUGCGUUAGAAGUUUUAGACCUUUCCUACAAUCGGAUUAAGGACAUUGAACCUGGUGCAUUUGAGACCCUGCCCAGCCUUGUUUCUGUGAAUUUAUCAUUUAAUGAUAACGAACUUCUUGUCUUGGGUCUGCCAGCCCAUCUGAAGCCCGCACCCACCAGCGAAGCCUCAGGGUCUUUUCAGCUUUUUAAGUAUUUUGACAACUCCUCAGAGGCUGCUCCAGAGCCUUACACAUCCCCUGAGGGGCUGCCACAUUCAGGAGGUCCAUCAGUCCUGCAAAAUGUUAAUCUGGAGCUCAAACGAAAUACAGAGAAUCCUCUUCCAAGAGCAGAGGAAAAAGUGACGGUCUCUCCAACAGCCACGUUACAGCCCAAUUUCUGCGGAGCACCAAUAAAUGGGAUUCUUGAUCUGUCAAACAGCAAACUCACCCAGGAAGAGCUGGAGGCAAAGCUGGAUGCAGAUCUCUGUCAACCUCAGAUGAACAAUAUUUUGGAGCUUGACAUUAGUCACAGUGAGCUGGAAAUGGAUCUUCUAUCGCUGUCCAUGCUGUUUUGGCCAAUGAAAAAUGUGCGGUCUGUCAAUGCCAGUUACAACAAAAUAACAAUUAAUAUUCUGGAUGCCGAGGCUAUCUGUACAUUCCCAUUCAGCAAGCUUUUGUUUUUAAAUAUUAGCAACAAUCCCAUAAACAGCUUGAAUACUCUGUGUCUCCCUUCAACCAUCAAGGUACUUGAUUUAUCCUUCACUAACGUAAGUCAAAUACCCAAAAAUUUUGCUAAAAAAAUGAUUAACUUAGAAACCAUGUAUGUUGAAGGAAAUCACUUCAUAUAUACCAUACAUCCAGAAAUCACCAGUGCAGCUCCACAACCUCCCCCUGGAACUGUCCAUAUUAAUGCCAUCUCCUUUGUCAGAAACCAGGCUGGCACACCCAUCGAAAGCCUUCCAAAGAAACUGAAACACCUGCAAAUGUCCAACUGCUCCAUUGUAGAACUGCCGGAAUGGUUUGCUGGCACAAUGCAAGAAUUACUCUUUUUGGAUCUCAGCAGCAACCGGAUUUCUAUGCUUCCGGACUUACCUGCCUCCCUGCAGCACCUUGACAUAAGCAACAGCGAUAUUAAAACGAUACCUCCUACUUUUAAAUCUCUCUCCAACUUAACAAUGUUUAAUAUCCAAAAUAAUAAAAUUACAGAUAUGCAUCCUGAGCAUUUCCCGUUAAGUUUAACAAAAUGUGAUAUUAGUAGAAAUAAGUUGAACGUGUUGUCAUUAACUGACACCCUGGUGAAACUCGAAUAUCUCAAUGUUUCUGGAAACCUAAUUACCAGAGUGGAACCCACUGGUCACCUUUCUGCCCUCGCUAAUCUGGACAGUAGUCACAAUCUGAUUUCAGAACUCCCUGAUCUUUUUGGGAAAUCUCUGCCAAUGCUGAAAUAUUUUAAUUUAUCAGGGAAUAAGAUCUCCUUUCUACAGCAUGGGUCCCUCCCAACAUCUCUGAUUGAGUUGGACAUCAGCGACAACGCCAUUACUACCAUUGUGGAGGACACUUUUGGCCCAUUAACAAGUUUGAGUGUUUUGACUGUUCAAGGCAAACAUUUUUUUUGCAACUGUGACUUGUACUGGUUUGUGAACGUCUACAUCCACAAGCCACAUUUGCAGAUAAAUGGCAAAGAAAACCUCAGGUGCAGUUUUCCACCAGACAGAAGGGGCUCGUUGGUGGAGAGCAGCAACCUCACGCUGCUGCGCUGCUCCCUGGGCAUCCAGAUGGCCAUUACUGCCUGUGUCGCUGUCCUGGUCGUUUUGCUGUUAACAGGGUUAUGCUGGUGGUUCGAUGGGCUGUGGUAUGUGAGGAUGGGUUGGUUCUGGUGUAUGGCAAAGAGGAAGCAGUACAAGGAGAGGCCAGAAAACAAGCCCUUUGAUGCCUUCAUUUCGUACAGCGAGCAAGACGCAAAGUGGACGAAAGAGAAUCUACUGGAAAAACUGGAAGCUGAUGGGUUCAAGAUAUGUUACCAUGAGAGGGAUUUCAAGCCAGGGCACCCCAUACUCGGUAACAUUUUUUACUGCAUAGAGAACAGCCAUAAAGUCAUUUUUGUUCUCUCUCCUAGUUUUGUAAACAGCUGCUGGUGUCAGUAUGAACUGUAUUUUGCUGAGCACCGGGUCCUGAAUGAAAACCAGGAUUCUCUCAUCAUGAUCGUGCUGGAAGACCUCCCACCCAACAGCGUGCCACAGAAGUUCAGCAAACUCAGGAAACUGCUGAAAAGAAAAACCUACUUAAAGUGGAGCCCUGAGGAACACAGACAGAAAAUGUUCUGGCAUCAGCUAGCAGCUGUCUUAAAAACAACCAAUGAACCCCUCGUGAGAGCAGAAAAUGGAUCCGCUCGGGAUAUGUAUGAGAUGGAUGAGAUACAAGAACAUGCAGAGGUUGUGCCUGGAAAUUCUACAGUCAAAUAAAAGCAUUUC